AUGGAAAACACAUCUGCACAAAAUGUAUUGGGAAACACUCAGGAAAAUAUAUCAGGAAAUGUCAGCAGUGCUAGUACAGAUAUUGAGGAGAGUAAUGCGUUGUUAAAUGCUGCUACGAAUGGUCAUGUUGACAUCAUCAAGUGUCUGAUCAGUCAAGGGGCUGAGGUUAAUAAGGGAAGAGAUGAUGGCUGGACUGCAUUACAUAGUGCUGCUAACAAUGGUCAUGUUGACGUCACCAAGUAUCUGAUCAGUCAAGGAGCUGAGGUUAAUAAGGGAAGAGAUGAUGGUUGGACUGCAUUACACAGUGCUGCUUACAAUGGUCAUGUUGACGUCAUCAAGUAUCUGAUCAGUGAAGGAGCUGAGGUUAAUAAGGGAGAUAAUAAUGGUUGGACUGCAUUGUACAAUGCUGCUUACAAUGGUCAUGUUGACGUCAUCAAGUAUCUGAUCAGUCAAGGGGCUGAGGUUAAUAAGGGAGCUAAUAAUGGUUGGACUGCAUUACACAGUGCUGCUUACAAUGGUCAUGUUGACGUCAUCAGGUAUCUGAUCAGUCAAGGAGCUGAGGUAAAUGAGAGAGAUAAUGAUGGUGAGACUGCAUUACACAGUGCUGCUUACAAUGGUCAUGUUGACGUCACCAAGUAUCUGAUCAGUCAAGGAGCUGAGGUUAAUAAGGGAAGAGAUGAUGGUGAGACUGCAUUACACAGUGCUGCUGGCAAUGGUCAUGUUGACGUCAUCAAGUAUCUGAUCAGUCAAGGAGCUGAGGUUAAAAAGGGAGAUAAUGAUGGUUGGACUGCAUUACACAGUGCUGCUUACGAUGGUCAUGUUGACGUCAUCAAGUAUCUGAUCAGUCAAGGAGCUGAGGUAAAUGAGAGAGAUAAUGAUGGUGUGACUGCAUUACACAGUGCUGCUGACAAUGGUCCUGUUGACGUCAUCAAGUAUCUGAUCAGUCAAGGAGCUGAGGUAAAUGAGAGAGAUAAUGAUGGUGAGACUGCAUUACACAGUGCUGCUGGCAAUGGUCAUGUUGACGUCAUCAAGUAUCUGAUCAGUCAAGGAGCUGAGGUUAAAAAGGGAGAUAAUGAUGGUUGGACUGCAUUACACAGUGCUGCUAAGAAUGGUCAUGUUGACGUCAUCAAGUAUCUGAUCAGUCAAGGAGCUGAGGUAAAUGAGAGAGAUAAUGAUGGUGAGACUGCAUUACACAGUGCUGCUGGCAAUGGUCAUGUUGACGUCAUCAAGUAUCUGAUCAGUCAAGGAGCUGAGGUUAAUAAGGGAAGAGAUGAUGGUGAGACUGCAUUACACAGUGCUGCUGGCAAUGGUCAUGUUGACGUCAUCAAGUAUCUGAUCAGUCAAGGAGCUGAGGUUAAAAAGGGAGAUAAUUAUGGUUGGACUGCAUUACACAGUGCUGCUAAGAAGGGUCAUGUUGAUGUUACCAAGUAUCUGAUCAGUCAAGGAGCUGAGGUUAAUAAGGGUAGAGAUGAUGGUUGGACUGCAUUACACAGUGCUGCUGACAAUGGUCAUGUUGACGUCAUCAAGUAUCUGAUCAGUCAAGGGGCUGAGGUCAAUAAGGGAAGAGAUGAUGGUUGGACUGCAUUACACAUUGCUGCUUACAAUGGUCAUGUUGACGUCAUCAAGUAUCUGAUCAGUCAAGGGGCUGAGGUAAAUGAGAGAGAUAAUGAUGGUGAGACUGCAUUACACAGUGCUGCUUACAAUGGUCAUGUUGACGUCACCAAGUAUCUGAUCAGUCAAGGAGCUGAGUAUCUGAUCAGUCAAGGAGCUGAGGUUAAUAAGGGAAGAGAUGAUGGUGAGACUGCAUUACACAGUGCUGCUGGCAAUGGUCAUGUUGACGUCAUCAAGUAUCUGAUCAGUCAAGGAGCUGAGGUUAAAAAGGGAGAUAAUGAUGGUUGGACUGCAUUACACAGUGCUGCUAAGAAUGGUCAUGUUGAUGUUACCAAGUAUCUGAUCAGUCAAGGAGCUGAGGUUAAUAAGGGUAGAGAUGAUGGUUGGACUGCAUUACACAGUGCUGCUGACAAUGGUCAUGUUGACGUCAUCAAGUAUCUGAUCAGUCAAGGGGCUGAGGUCAAUAAGGGUAGAGAUGAUGGUUGGACUGCAUUACACAGUGCUGCUGACAAUGGUCAUGUUGACGUCAUCAAGUAUCUGAUCAGUCAAGGGGCUGAGGUCAAUAAGGGAAGAGAUGAUGGUUGGACUGCAUUACACAUUGCUGCUUACAAUGGUCAUGUUGACGUCAUCAAGUAUCUGAUCAGUCAAGGAGCUGAGGUUAAUAAGGAAGAUAAUGAUGGUUGGACUGCAUUACACAGUGCUGCUAAGAAUGGUCAAGUUGACGUCAUCAAGUAUCUGAUCAGUCAAGGGGCUGAGGUAAAUAAGGAGGAUAAUGAUGGUUGGACUGCAUUACACAGUGCUGCUUACAAUGGUCAUGUUGACGUCAUCAAGUAUCUGAUCAGUCAAGGGGCUGAGGUUAAUAAGGGAGAUAAUGAUGGUUGGACCGCAUUACACAGUGCUGCUUACGAUGGUCAUGUUGACGUCAUCAAGUAUCUGAUCAGUCAAGGAGCUGAGGUAAAUGAGAGAGAUAAUGAUGGUGAGACUGCAUUACACAGUGCUGCUGUCAAUGGUCAUGUUGACGUCAUCAAGUAUCUGAUCAGUCAAGGAGCUGAGGUAAAUGAGAGAGAUAAUGAUGGUGAGACUGCAUUACACAGUGCUGCUGGCAAUGGUCAUGUUGACGUCAUCAAGUAUCUGAUCAGUCAAGGAGCUGAGGUUAAAAAGGGAGAUAAUGAUGGUUGGACUGCAUUACACAGUGCUGCUAAGAAUGGUCAUGUUGACGUCAUCAAGUAUCUGAUCAGUCAAGGAGCUGAGGUAAAUGAGAGAGAUAAUGAUGGUGAGACUGCAUUACACAGUGCUGCUGGCAAUGGUCAUGUUGACGUCAUCAAGUAUCUGAUCAGUCAAGGAGCUGAGGUUAAUAAGGGAAGAGAUGAUGGUGAGACUGCAUUACACAGUGCUGCUGGCAAUGGUCAUGUUGACGUCAUCAAGUAUCUGAUCAGUCAAGGAGCUGAGGUUAAAAAGGGAGAUAAUUAUGGUUGGACUGCAUUACACAGUGCUGCUAAGAAGGGUCAUGUUGAUGUUACCAAGUAUCUGAUCAGUCAAGGAGCUGAGGUUAAUAAGGGUAGAGAUGAUGGUUGGACUGCAUUACACAGUGCUGCUGGCAAUGGUCAUGUUGACGUCAUCAAGUAUCUGAUCAGUCAAGGGGCUGAGGUCAAUAAGGGAAGAGAUGAUGGUUGGACUGCAUUACACAUUGCUGCUUACAAUGGUCAUGUUGACGUCAUCAAGUAUCUGAUCAGUCAAGGGGCUGAGGUAAAUGAGAGAGAUAAUGAUGGUGAGACUGCAUUACACAGUGCUGCUUACAAUGGUCAUGUUGACGUCACCAAGUAUCUGAUCAGUCAAGGAGCUGAGUAUCUGAUCAGUCAAGGAGCUGAGGUUAAUAAGGGAAGAGAUGAUGGUGAGACUGCAUUACACAGUGCUGCUGGCAAUGGUCAUGUUGACGUCAUCAAGUAUCUGAUCAGUCAAGGAGCUGAGGUUAAAAAGGGAGAUAAUGAUGGUUGGACUGCAUUACACAGUGCUGCUAAGAAUGGUCAUGUUGAUGUUACCAAGUAUCUGAUCAGUCAAGGAGCUGAGGUUAAUAAGGGUAGAGAUGAUGGUUGGACUGCAUUACACAGUGCUGCUGACAAUGGUCAUGUUGACGUCAUCAAGUAUCUGAUCAGUCAAGGGGCUGAGGUCAAUAAGGGUAGAGAUGAUGGUUGGACUGCAUUACACAGUGCUGCUGACAAUGGUCAUGUUGACGUCAUCAAGUAUCUGAUCAGUCAAGGGGCUGAGGUCAAUAAGGGAAGAGAUGAUGGUUGGACUGCAUUACACAUUGCUGCUUACAAUGGUCAUGUUGACGUCAUCAAGUAUCUGAUCAGUCAAGGAGCUGAGGUUAAUAAGGAAGAUAAUGAUGGUUGGACUGCAUUACACAGUGCUGCUAAGAAUGGUCAUGUUGACGUCAUCAAUGCUGCUUACAAUGGUCAUGUUGACGUCAUCAAGUAUCUGAUCAGUCAAGGGGCUGAGGUUAAUAAGGGAGAUAAUGAUGGUUGGACCGCAUUACACAGUGCUGCUUACGAUGGUCAUGUUGACGUCAUCAAGUAUCUGAUCAGUCAAGGAGCUGAGGUUAAUAAGGGAAGAGAUGAUGGUUGGACUGCAUUACACAUUGCUGCUUACAAUGGUCAUGUUGACGUCAUCAAGUAUCUGAUCAGUCAAGGGGCUGAGGUUAAUAAGGGAGAUAAUGAUGGUUGGACCGCAUUACACAGUGCUGCUUACGAUGGUCAUGUUGACGUCAUCAAGUAUCUGAUCAGUCAAGGAGCUGAGGUAAAUGAGAGAGAUAAUGAUGGUGAGACUGCAUUACACAGUGCUGCUGACAAUGGUCAUGUUGACGUCAUCAAGUAUCUGAUCAGUCAAGGAGCUGAGGUUAAUAAGGGAAGAGAUGAUGGUUGGACUGCAUUACACAUUGCUGCUGACAAUGGUCAUGUUGACGUCAUCAAGUAUCUGAUCAGUCAAGGAGCUGAGGUUAAUAAGGAAGAUAAUGAUGGUUGGACUGCAUUACACAGUGCUGCUAAGAAUGGUCAUGUUGACGUCAUCAAGUAUCUGAUCAGUCAAGGAGCUGAGGUUAAUAAGGGUAGAGAUGAUGGUUGGACUGCAUUACACAGUGCUGCUGACAAUGGUCAUGUUGACGUCAUCAAGUAUCUGAUCAGUCAAGGGGCUGAGGUCAAUAAGGGAAGAGAUGAUGGUUGGACUGCAUUACACAUUGCUGCUUACAAUGGUCAUGUUGACGUCAUCAAGUAUCUGAUCAGUCAAGGAGCUGAGGUUAAUAAGGAAGAUAAUGAUGGUUGGACUGCAUUACACAGUGCUGCUAAGAAUGGUCAUGUUGACGUCAUCAAGUAUCUGAUCAGUCAAGGAGCUGAGGUUAAUGAGAGAGAUAAUGAUGGUGAGACUGCAUUACACAGUGCUGCUGACAAUGGUCAUGUUGACGUCAUCAAGUAUCUGAUCAGUCAAGGAGCUGAGGUUAAUAAGGGAAGAGAUGAUGGUUGGACUGCAUUACACAGUGCUGCUGACAAUGGUCAUGUUGACGUCAUCAAGUAUCUGAUCAGUCAAGGAGCUGUGGUAAAUGAGAGAGAUAAUGAUGGUGAGACUGCAUUACACAGUGCUGCUAAGAAUGGUCAUGUUGACGUCAUCAAGUAUCUGAUCAGUCAAGGAGCUGAGGUUAAUAAGGGAGAUAAUAAUGGUUGGACUGCAUUACACAGUGCUGCUAAGAAUGGUCAUGUUGACGUCAUCAAAUAUCUGAUCAGUCAAGGAGCUGAGGUUAAUAAGGGAGAUAAUGAUGGUUGGACUGCAUUACACAGUGCUGCUAAGAAUGGUAAUGUUGACGUCAUCAAGUAUCUGAUCAGUCAAGGAGCUGAGGUUAAUAAGGGAAGAGAUGAUGGUGAGACUGCAUUACACAGUGCUGCUGGCAAUGGUCAUGUUGACGUCAUCAAGUAUCUGAUCAGUCAAGGAGCUGAGGUUAAUAAGGGAGAUAAUAAUGGUUGGACUGCAUUACACAGUGCUGCUAAGAAUGGUAAUGUUGACGUCAUCAAGUAUCUGAUCAGUCAAGGAGCUGAGGUUAAUAAGGGAUAUAAUAAUGGUUGGACUGCAUUACACAGUGCUGCUAAGAAUGGUCAUGUUGACGUCACCAAAUAUCUGAUCAGUCAAGGAGCUGAGGUAAAUAAGAGAGAUAAUAAUGGUUGGACUGCAUUACACAAUGCUGCUUACAAUGGUCAUGUUGACGUCAUCAAGUAUCUGAUCAGUCAAGGAGCUGAGGUUAAUAAGGGAAAAGAUGAUGGUUGGACUGCAUUACACAGUGCUGCUUACAAAGGUCAUGUUGACGUCAUCAAGUAUCUGAUCAGUCAAGGAGCAGAGGUUAAUAAGGGAGCUAAUAAUGGUUGGACUGCAUUACACAGUGCUGCUGACAAUGGUCAUGUUGACGUCAUCAAGUAUCUGAUCAGUCAAGGGGCUGAGGUUAAUAAGGGAGCUAAUAAUGGUUGGACUGCAUUACACAGUGCUGCUUACAAAGGUCAUGUUGACGUCAUCAAGUAUCUGAUCAGUCAAGGAGCUGAGGUUAAUAAGGGAAAAGAUGAUGGUUGGACUGCAUUACACAGUGCUGCUUACAAAGGUCAUGUUGACGUCAUCAAGUAUCUGAUCAGUCAAGGAGCUGAGGUUAAUAAGGGAGCUAAUGAUGGUCAGACUGCAUUGUACAAUGCUGCUUACAAUGGUCAUGUUGACGUCAUCAAGUAUCUGAUCAGUCAAGGGGCUGAGGUUAAAAAGGGAGCUAAUAAUGGUUGGACUGCAUUACACAGUGCUGCUGACAAUGGUCAUGUUGACGUCAUCAAGUAUCUGAUCAGUCAAGGAGCUGAGGUUAAUAAGGGAAAAGAUGAUGGUUGGACUGCAUUACACAGUGCUGCUGACAAUGGUCAUGUUGACGUCAUCAAGUAUCUGAUCAGUCAAGGAGCUGAGGUUAAUAAGGGAAAAGAUGAUGGUUGGACUGCAUUACACAGUGCUGCUUACAAAGGUCAUGUUGACGUCAUCAAGUAUCUGAUCAGUCAAGGAGCUGAGGUUAAUAAGGGAGCUAAUAAUGGUUGGACUGCAUUACACAGUGCUGCUGACAAUGGUCAUGUUGACGUCAUCAAGUAUCUGAUCAGUCAAGGGGCUGAGGUUAAUAAGGGAGCUAAUAAUGGUUGGACUGCAUUACACAGUGCUGCUGACAAUGGUCAUGUUGACGUCAUCAAGUAUCUGAUCAGUCAAGGAGCUGAGGUUAAUAAGGGAGAUAAUAAUGGUUGGACUGCAUUACACAGUGCUGCUAAGAAUGGUUAUGUUGACGUCAUCAAGUAUCUGAUCAGUCAAGGAGCUGAGGUUAAUAAGGGAUAUAAUAAUGGUUGGACUGCAUUACACAGUGCUGCUAAGAAUGGUCAUGUUGACGUCACCAAAUAUCUGAUCAGUCAAGGAGCUGAGGUAAAUAAGAGAGAUAAUAAUGGUUGGACUGCAUUACACAAUGCUGCUUACAAUGGUCAUGUUGACGUCAUCAAGUAUCUGAUCAGUCAAGGAGCUGAGGUUAAUAAGGGAAAAGAUGAUGGUUGGACUGCAUUACACAGUGCUGCUUACAAAGGUCAUGUUGACGUCAUCAAGUAUCUGAUCAGUCAAGGAGCUGAGGUUAAUAAGGGAGCUAAUAAUGGUUGGACUGCAUUACACAGUGCUGCUGACAAUGGUCAUGUUGACGUCAUCAAGUAUCUGAUCAGUCAAGGGGCUGAGGUUAAUAAGGGAGCUAAUAAUGGUUGGACUGCAUUACACAGUGCUGCUUACAAAGGUCAUGUUGACGUCAUCAAGUAUCUGAUCAGUCAAGGAGCUGAGGUUAAUAAGGGAAAAGAUGAUGGUUGGACUGCAUUACACAGUGCUGCUUACAAAGGUCAUGUUGACGUCAUCAAGUAUCUGAUCAGUCAAGGAGCUGAGGUUAAUAAGGGAGCUAAUGAUGGUCAGACUGCAUUGUACAAUGCUGCUUACAAUGGUCAUGUUGACGUCAUCAAGUAUCUGAUCAGUCAAGGGGCUGAGGUUAAAAAGGGAGCUAAUAAUGGUUGGACUGCAUUACACAGUGCUGCUGACAAUGGUCAUGUUGACGUCAUCAAGUAUCUGAUCAGUCAAGGAGCUGAGGCUAAUAAGGGAAAAGAUGAUGGUUGGACUGCAUUACACAGUGCUGCUGACAAUGGUCAUGUUGACGUCAUCAAGUAUCUGAUCAGUCAAGGAGCUGAGGUUAAUAAGGGAAAAGAUGAUGGUUGGACUGCAUUACACAGUGCUGCUUACAAAGGUCAUGUUGACGUCAUCAAGUAUCUGAUCAGUCAAGGAGCUGAGGUUAAUAAGGGAGCUAAUGAUGGUCAGACUGCAUUGUACAAUGCUGCUUACAAUGGUCAUGUUGACGUCAUCAAGUAUCUGAUCAGUCAAGGGGCUGAGGUUAAAAAGGGAGCUAAUAAUGGUUGGACUGCAUUACACAGUGCUGCUGACAAUGGUCAUGUUGACGUCAUCAAGUAUCUGAUCAGUCAAGGAGCUGAGGUUAAUAAGGGAAGAGAUGAUGGUUGGACUGCAUUACACAGUGCUGCUUACAAUGGUCAUGUUGACGUCAUCAAGUAUCUGAUCAGUCAAGGGGCUGAGGUUAAUAAGGGAAGAGAUGAUGGUUGGACUGCAUUACACAGUGCUGCUUACAAUGGUCAUGUUGACGUCAUCAAGUAUCUGAUCAGUCAAGGGGCUGAGGUUAAUAAGGGAAGAGAUGAUGGUUGGACUGCAUUACACAGUGCUGCUUACAAAGGUCAUGUUGACGUCGCCAAGUAUCUGAUCAGUGAAGGGGCUGAGGUAAAUAAGGAGGAUAAUGAGGGAAUUACAGCAUUACACAGAGCUGUUGACAAAGGUCUUAUUGACGUCAUCAAAUAUCUGAUCAGUCAUGGAGCUGAGGUUAAUAAAGGUGAUAAUGAUGGUCGGACUGUAUUACACACCGCUGUACAGAAUGGUCAUCUUGAUAUUACUAAAUACCUGAUCAGCAAAGGAGCAGAGGUGAACAGGUUUGGAAUAGACGGGCUCACCGCCUUACACUGUGCAGCUAAAUAUCAUCAUCAAGAUACCGCGGGGUAUCUGAUCAGCAAAGGAGCUGACGUUAAUUAUGUUUGUCAUACUGCUGCAGAGAAGGGCCAUCUUGAUGUCAUUACUUACUUCAUAAGUCAAGGAGCUGAAGUAAAUUCAGCAAGAGAAGAUGGUCGGACUGCAUUACACAGUGCUGCUAAAAAUGGUCACGUCGACGUCAGCGAGUAUCUGAUCAGUCAAGGGGCUGAGGUAAAUAAAAGAGAUAAUGAUGGUUUGAUUGCAUUACACAGUGCUGCUAGAAAUGGUCACGUCGACGUCAUCAAGUAUCUGAUCAGUCAAGGGGCUGAGGUAAAUAAAAGAGAUAAUGAUGGUUUGAUUGCAUUACACAUUGCUGCUAACAAUCGUCACGUUGAUGUACUCAAGUAUCUGAUGAGUCAAGGAGCUGACAUUAAUAUUGUAUGUCACACUGCUGCUGAGAAGGGACAUCUUGAUGUCAUUACUUACUUCAUUAGUCAAGGAGCUGAAGUGAACACAGCAAGAGAAGAUGGUCGGACUCUAUUACACAGUGCUGUACAGAAUGGUCAUCUCGGCAUCACUAAAUAUUUGAUUAGUCAAGGAGCUGAGGUGAAUAAUAACACUAAUAAUGGCUCAACUGCACUACACCUUGCUUCUAAGGAUUGCCAUCUCGAUAUCACCAAAUAUCUAAUAAAUGAAGGAGCUCAGGUCAAUAAGGGAAAUGAUGGUGGAUGGACAGCUUUACACAUCGCUGCUGAGGGUGGCCAUCUUGAUGUUACUAAACAUCUUAUAAGUAAAGGCGCUGAGGUGAACAAGUUUGGGAUAGGUGGACUAACCGCCUUGCACUGUGCAGUUAAACAUCAUCAUUAUGAUGUUACGGAGUAUCUGAUCAGCAAUGGAGCUGACGUUAAUAUUGUAUGUCACAGCGCUGCAGAGAAGGGUCAUCUUGAUAUCAUUUCAUACUUCAUUAGUCAAGGCACUGAAGUGAACGCAGCGAGAGAAGAUGGUCUGACUCUAUUACACAAUGCUGUACAGAAUAGUCAUCUUGACAUCACUAAAUACCUGAUUAGCAAAGGAGCUGAGGUGAAUAAAGGAGAUGGUACUGGUUCAACUGCAUUACACAUUGCGGUUAUGCAUGGUCAUCUUGAUAUCACCGACUAUCUGCUCAGCGAUGGAGCUGAGGUGAAUAAGGCAACACGAAACAAGUUGAAUACCAAGAUUUCCGACGAGUACUACAAUGGCGGGUUAUCUCCAAAUGAGUCGUUGGUGUUUUAUCUACUUGAGAAUGGCGCCAAGCUAGAUGUAAAGGACGAGACAGGCAACCUCCCGAUCCACUAUGCCAAGGAUGAACUAGUUAGGCAGAUGAUAUUGUCAAGGUGA